CCGGAGCCUGACCGCGCGCGCCUGAAGCGCGAGGCCGAAUCCGAGCGGGAGCGCGCGCGGCGGGAGCGCGCCGGGGAGCGGGAGCGAGCCGAGGGGCCGCCCCGCAUCAAGCGCGAGCGCGAGGCCGAGGCUGACUCCGACCCGGAGCCCGAAGUCACCGUGCGCUACGGGCGCUUCGACCCCGAGGACCGGCGCAGCCGCCACUGCCCCUACCUGGACACCAUCAACAGGAGUGUCCUGGACUUCGACUUCGAGAAGCUCUGCUCGAUCUCCCUGUCACACAUCAACGUCUACGCCUGCCUUGUCUGCGGCAAGUACUUCCAGGGCCGCGGCCUGAAGUCCCACGCCUACAUCCACAGUGUGCAGUUCAGCCACCACGUCUUCCUGAAUCUCCAUACGCUUAAGUUCUAUUGCCUGCCUGACAACUAUGAGAUCAUUGACUCCUCACUGGAAGACAUCACGUAUGUGCUGAAGCCCACAUUCACCAAACAACAGAUUGCCAACCUGGACAAGCAGGCCAAGCUGUCGCGGGCAUAUGACGGUACCACCUAUCUGCCGGGCAUUGUGGGAUUGAAUAACAUCAAGGCCAAUGACUAUGCCAAUGCUGUGCUCCAGGCUCUGUCCAAUGUUCCACCGCUCCGUAACUACUUCCUGGAAGAAGACAACUACAAGAGCAUUCAGCGCCCACCAGGAGACAUCAUGUUCCUGUUGGUUCAGCGAUUCGGGGAGCUGAUGCGGAAACUAUGGAACCCCCGUAACUUCAAGGCCCACGUGUCCCCCCAUGAGAUGCUGCAAGCUGUGGUGCUUUGCAGCAAGAAGAAUUUCCAGAUCACCAAGCAAGGCGAUGGUGUGGAUUUCCUCUCCUGGUUCCUCAAUGCUCUUCACGCUGCUCUAGGCGGGACGAAGAGGAAGAAGAAGACCAUCGUGACUGACGUCUUCCAGGGCUCCAUGCGCAUCUUCACCAAGAAGCUGCCACACCCUGACCUGCCAGCAGAGGAGAAGGAGCAGCUGCUGCUGAAUACUGAGUACCAGGAAACCAUGGUGGAGUCGACCUUCAUGUACCUGACACUGGACCUGCCCACAGCCCCACUCUACAAGGAUGAGAAGGAGCAGCUCAUUAUCCCCCAAGUGCCCCUCUUCAACAUCCUGGCCAAGUUCAAUGGCAUCACAGAAAAGGAGUACAAGACAUACAAGGAGAACUUCUUGAAGCGGUUCCAGCUGACCCGACUGCCACCCUACCUCAUUUUCUGCAUCAAGCGCUUCACCAAGAACAACUUCUUUGUGGAGAAGAACCCCACCAUCGUCAACUUCCCCAUCACGAACGUGGACCUCCGCGAGUACCUUUCAGAGGAGGUCCAGGCCACACACACACACACCACAUACGACCUCAUCGCCAACAUUGUCCAUGAUGGAAAGCCCAGCGAGGGCUCCUACCGCAUCCAUGUGCUGCAUCACGGCACAGGCAAGUGGUAUGAGCUGCAGGACCUCCAGGUGACUGACAUCCUGCCCCAGAUGAUCACACUCUCUGAAGCCUACAUCCAGAUCUGGAAGAGGCGAGAGGAUGAGGAGACCAUCCAGCAGGGUGCGUGAGCAACGUACAUCACUGGCAUGGACUGCUGACAUCUCCAGCUGGGUACGGGGGGUGGGGGUACCUCUCUUCCCCCCUGCUGCACCCCUCAUUGCCAGCCAGACACUGGCCCCCUCAGGAGGUGCCAGACUCUGCCCAGGGACUUUUCUGCCUGCACCAAGGACUUUAAAAGGGUUUUUUUUUU